CCUCCCCACGCGCGCGUGCGUGCCGCGUGCCCUUCCCACGCGCGCGCGUGCGUGCGCGCGCCACGCAGCCGCAUCCUCAGGCGGCAGGGCGGACGAGAGAAGAGGGCGGGUGGUGGUGGGGGGGGGGGUGCUGCGAGGUAAUGGUGAAGGACAGCGAUUGGAAGAAGGCAACCUGCUGCUGAGCCCAGGCUCUGCCCUUCUGACGAUCAAGUGCGCGGGAAUUCGUCCGAAAGCGCCGCUGUGACUGCGGCAAGGAACAUUGUUGUCGGCGGGCGACGAGGCAACCCUAUUUAUUUAUUUAUUUACCUCCCCCCCCCCCUCCCGCCACCAAAGAAAAGACAAAAAAAAAAUCUCGCUAACCCGUUGAAAAAAAAUAUUGAUAUAUUUCAUUCGAAUUUUCUUAGAUGUGGAAAUAUACCUUUUCGUUGCUGCUGUUAAUGUCGUGCCUAUAGCCCUGCGCGAAGGGUCUCUAUCUAACUGUGCCACUUCAACUGAGACCAAACAUGGGAUGCAAUCUCUGCGGUUCACAGAAGCAGGAUGAAAACUAUAAUUUGCUGUAUGAAGUUUGCAAGGUGAACGGGAAGGACCUGUCACGCAUUAGCCAUGAGGAAGCGGUGGAGGCCUUGCGCUCGGCCCGAGAGCCGAUCACCAUGCAGGUGCGGCGGAAGGCCCCCCUGCGACCCCGAGCCCACGGGGGGUCACAGGCCACGGUCGGCGGAACUCCAACUGCGACGACGGCGGCGGCGGUCGGAACGACGGCUCCCUCGCCGCGAGCGGACGCCGCCACGCAGACCGAGUGCCCACCGGUCCCAGAGGGCGGCAAGCCGAGGGAGCAAGCCACGGUCGCCGUGGCAACGGAGACCGCGCCGACCGUCCCCGUGGUGACGCCGGGACCGCGGGCCGUGCAGCCGCCCGACAGCCAAAUCCUAGUGGAGGAGUGUAACGAUGGACAGGAAUACUUAACGAGCUUGCAGCAAGAGGCGGAGAGGGCGGCUGAAGUGGAAUUUGAGGAGGUGGCUUUGUACCGGAUCUUCAGGCAAGAAAAGCUGGGUCUGACUGUGUGCUACCGCACGGAUGAGGAAGAGGACUUGGGAAUUUACGUCAGCGAGAUCGACCCCAACAGCAUCGCAGCCAAGGACGGGCGCAUCAGGGAAGGCGAUCGCAUCUUGCAGAUCAACGGAGUGGACAUUCAGGGGCGGGAAGAGGCAGUGGCCCUUCUGACAAAUGAGAAAAAUCGGAGGGUGUCUCUUCUCUUGGCGAGGCCAGAAAUCCAGCUGGACGAGGGAUGGAUGGAGGACGAACGCAGCGAGUAUCUGGAGGACAUAAGCAUGGACGUUCUGGAAGAGCAGGACAACCAGGACUUUGAGGUCAACGCCAGCGUCCCUCAGCAGAUGAGAACCCCGGAGGACGACGGGACCACGGACAGCGCCCACAACGGGCAGGAGAAGGACAGCGGCGUCGGCCGGACGGACGAGAGCACGCGGAACGACAACGACGAAAACGAGAGUUCCGAACCCGAGCAAGAGAUCCCUGCCGACGACGACAACCAAAACUUCGCGGUGCUGACGGACAGUUCCAAAGUCACCAGUCAAGUCGGGGAUAAAAAGGGCACCGGCGACGCGUUGUGCGGGAACAGGACGGGCGAUAGAACAGGGCGCUCAGAUUUAAACAUUCCUGAAAUGCCUGAACUCCUGGAUUUUAAGUGCCAAAUGACGAGUGCCAAGAGGCUCAGCCUGUACUACAGCGCCACGUCCACGCUCGGCGUGGGCAAGGUGGACGCGAAGAUCCCGGGCGACACGGAAAUCGAGCUGCUCAACGAGGAGCUCAGGAACAUUGAGAUCGAAUGCCGCAACAUCAUGCAGGCCCACGGCAACAGCGCCGGCACGCACCCCCGCAACUACGGCGACCUGUGGCGGCUGCAGGACGGCGGCAACUUCCGCACGUACGGCCGCAAGCGGAGCAGGUGCCUGGACGUCACGGACGCGCCCGAGAAGUCCGACAAGGACACGUCGAGCGCUUACAACACGGCGGAGAGCUGCCGCAGUAGCCCCCAGUCACUCAAGCUCACGGCCAUCCGCUCGCUGAACCGCUCCAUCGAGAGCACGGACAGCCAGCGGUCGGACAGCGGAGCCAGCCGCGCGUCCACCAGCGUGUGCUCCUCGCAGCCCGGCAGCCGGGAGGCGAGCCCUGCCAAGGGGAAGGUUUCGACGCCGUCCAGAAAGCUGCCGGAGAGCGGCGACGUCGCGCCGGCUCAGGCCGCGGCGAGCGCCGGAGCCUCCGGCAGCUGCGGUGGCGGCAGCGCCAAGCAGCUGUACCAGAAGCUGGGCCGGCAGCAGGCCCAGCUGCAGCUGUCUCCGUACCGCCGGGCCAACGCGCCGUCGCAGUCGCAGCACUACCAAAGCUACGUGCACCUGGUGCAGCAGGGGUCGUCCGACUACGGCCACAGCCAGAUGAGCCUCCUGAGUGUGUGCAACGAGGCGUCCUUCUCCAGCCAGCAGGACUUCUCGCAGGCCGAACCCAGGGGCGAGUGGAAGGUGAAGGUGCGCAGCGACGGCUCGCGCUACAUCACCAAGAGGCCCGUGCGAGACAGACUCCUGAAAGAGCGAGCGAUGAAGAUCAAGGAGGAGCGCAGCGGCAUGACGACGGACGACGACGCUCUCAGCGAGAUGAAGAUGGGCCGCUACUGGUCCAAGGAGCAGCGCAAGCAGCACCUGAACCGGGCGCGCGAGCAGCGUCGGCGCCGCGAGUUCAUGAUGCGCUGUCGCCUCGAGUGCCUCAACGAGAACCCGCACGAGGGCGGCUCCAUCACCGGCUCCGGGGGUUCGGCCGCCGGCUCCGCGUCGGCCUCCGCGUCCGGCGCCGAGAGCCGCAAGGAGGUGAGCAUCCUGGAGCUCAGCCACCGCAAGAUGAUGAAGAAGCGUGGCAAGAAGAUCUUCGACAAUUGGAUGACGAUUCAGGAACUUCUGGCCCACGGCAGCCGCUCCCCAGACGGCACGCGGAUCUACAACCACUUGCUGUCCGUCACGACGGUGUGAACGUUGACUGUCGGGAGAUGGGUCACCCCCGCAUCCCACCCGAGGCUUGUCGCGCAGUGUGGAUGUCGGCUUAGGUGCAAGAGCCGUCCUUAUGACCUUUGGUGUUGUCGGAGGGUUUAAUGACACUUGCCAAUUCCAGGUGGUGCCAUGGCAUCUGUAACCCGCUGCCCUGACUUUUUGUCACUGUUGAAAAACGAUACGAGAUGGAAAGCAGUUUUAACUGACGUGUAUUUGUAAUAAAUUGAUGUUUUUUUGGCAUUCAUGUACUGUAUAUUAUUCGGUUUGUACUCUACGUAUCGUCGAUGACUACUCUUGGCAGUUCCUUUUGCGGAACACUCACUUGUGUGAAAACCUGCUCACGCUCACAACAACUGAAGGUAAAUGGGGCACCGCGCUGGCGAGAUGUUAACUACCUUGCCUGGUAUGAAGGAGGUGGCGGGUUCGAUCCUGACCCUUACACCUGCUGAAUAUUUGGAGUUUGCAUGUUCUCCACGUGGUCGUGUGGAUUUUUCUCCGGGUCCUCCGGUUUUUCCCUCCGCAUUGCCAAUCAACAUCAAGCGUUCAGAGUAUUUGACGGCUAUCAAUGCCCACGUGACCAAGUUUCUUCUGACAAAGAGCUACGUAGCUCACUUGGGCCUUACCUGGUAACAAUAAAAAGAAGAAAAAGACGAAAAAUAAGUCUAGCGGACGUAAUGUUUGCAAAGAAAACUUGCUCCUUGUGUACGGUUUACGAAAGUGUUUUUGGGUAGACAUUAUUUUAGUAAAAAAAAAAAUACAGAAAAGGGAAAGAAAAAUUACGUGCAAAAUUAAUGCGGUGUUUGCUAAAAUAGAACAAAACAAAAAACAGUGCCAGCUUAUUUCAGCAAUCUUGAAAUACUAAACGAGGUCUAAACACACUGUACGUUUAAACAUUAGUGUUAUCGCAGCCAUCGUUCAUUCUGAACAAAAGUACUUUUUUUUCAAUACAGAUGAUUACACAUGCUUUAUUGCAAUUGUCAAAUCUCAAGUCUCUUCCAGUGUUCCUACUCGCUCUCCUCUCAGGUCAAAUCGCAGGAUUUAAUAACGCUAAAUCGACCAAGAAGAAAUCGCUGGGUGACCUAUUUUGUAUUAGAUAUGUAAAACUAGAGCCCUCACUCAUAGAUUCUGAUACCGAUCUAGACAAUGUUGUAUUAUAUCCCACAGUAUGUAUUCAUGUUACCGUAUAUCAGUAUGAAAUCCUCAACAAGAAUACAAAGUACUUCACUGAUACAUAAUUAGUGUGUGACGUUUGGUUUGUGCCCUCUGGCCCAUGCCAUUAAAUAAAUAUAUGGUUCGCAGUGGAUUCUACUGAUCUACAAGCAUUGGAGUUACCAAUCACACUGAAAUAAGCACAUUUUUGCCAUUGUGCGAAUGGAAAUUUCAAUACUGUACCAUUUUCUAUCGCAGUUAAUAAAACACAAUCCUGUAUAUAUCACACGGCAAUGGUUCGCCAGCGAGCUCUUGAGAAUUGCAUGCAGGCAACCGCAGAAUUUACAUAGCGAUGGGAUUUACACAUAUUCCAGAGUAAUAUUGCAGCAGAAUCUGUGUUAUACAGAUCUUCAUUAAAGUAGCAGGUGUGAUCAGCGUCAACCAGUUAACUUUAGCACCUAAGUAGCACCUAAGUAGAAUAGUGCUCCAGUUGCAAAGCAAUUUGAAAUUUGCAAAGCAAUUUAGCACUCACUUAUUUAAUUAAUUUAUUUGAAUUCACUUGUUCACUUCUAAUUUGCAUGCUUUGUAGCGUGGCGGGAUUGAUCUUAUUCAGUCCGUAGAGGAUUAUCUUUGUACAUUCAUCACGUCACAGAGUUUAACUGCUUUUGGCACGUGUGCCAUGUAAGAUAACAUUAUAACACAGUCGUAAUAGUCAGUCGUGCUUUUUAGGAAUACAUUAAAACGAAUAAAUUAUUUGUGCGAUAUGACAAAAAAGAAGUGACGCAUUUGUUGCUAAUCAUUUUUGCUGUUACGCGUCAGUAAUCUGUGGUGGAUGUUUUUUUUUUGUUAAUCAGAUGCUCAUUUCGUUCAACCAAGGUCAACGCAACAGGAGGAUGAAUGAAAUUCGCGGACGGCAUGAAAACGGCGCAUUGUGGACUUUUUUCUCCCAUAGUGCUUACUGGUAAUCGGAGGUGAAUGCGGCAUUGUCACGAAUGGUAAUUAGCAUCUUUUCAAUAAAAAAACAGUGUUUGUUUUGCGGCUGGAAAAAAUUGAAGAGCUGUGGUCAAGAAUAGCUUGCACAAAAUGAAAGCCCUACUCGGAAAAGAUGCAACGGACAAUUAAUAAAACUGUCAAACCGUCUGACACGUUGCCACUGACUGUAGCCAUGAGCAUGGGCAGGCACUUUUUUGCAUUUUUAUUCAUGUCUCAAAGGGGGGGGGGGGCGAUAUUAAUGUUGCAUACAGGAAACUGUGGCUGACAGGUACGGUUAUGUAUAGAUACGAUAUAUGAAAAGAAAAUAGGAUAAAUCAGUGAAAUUGUCUGCCCAUGUACGUACUACUGAGGGUUUGGAUAAGCAUUAAAGCAUGCCGUUUACUGGUCUUCAUGUUUCUGUGAAUGGCUAGCUUUGUAACAUCUCUCAUUCACCAGACUUUACCAUCUCAGGUGUACAAUUGCAGUGCUAUGAUCAUACGCGGUGGUAAGCUGUAACCAGCACAUAUGUGAACAAUACGUUAAUAAAUCCAGUUAGAAAUGUUCAAA